CGGCCCUGCACUUGUCGCCAUGGCAACCGCGUUGUUGAUCCUGGCAGCGAGCGCGGCCUUCGGAGGAGCAAGGAGCAGCCGCCGCUGCUGCAACCGCCGGGGCCCGCUCUGGUCCCGUUUGCCCCUGUAGGGACAACGACCCCCCGGCCUCUUCUGGGGCCCAGGCAGCGGAGCGAGAUGUCAUUGUCAAACAGAUUGACACUACCCACUGAUAAAGAGGAUUGGAACAAUCAUUUACCACCUAUACUUUUACCUAUGUCAUCAACAGCUGGUGUGUCAUCAUCAUCACACAAUAAACUAUUGAAAUACCGAAGAUUCAAGGAACAGCAAAAGACGCUUAAUCAGAUAGUAAUUGACCGGGCUUUAAAAGAUUAUAAAGCAACCAUGGAAGAAAAGUAUCGGAGAGUUCCCACACCUCCUGAGCCAGAACUACCUUCUACUAUGAACAGUGAACAAAAAAAACGAAGAACCAACUAUCUCUUUAUGAAGAAGUGUGUGGAAAGUAAUCCAGUAGUUCCUAUUCAGCAGCAAUGGCUGACCUCCAUGCUCACUCUGGUGCCUCAGUCCCUUAUGGAAGGCAAGGACAGAGAAUUACUGGUUGAAGAGCUUUUAGAUGAAGUAACAAAAGAUUUUGAAAUGAGCAUGAAGAGAUGUGUGGUGCGAAGUGUUCUUGUGAAACCUGAUGUAAAAGGACUUGAAGAUGAAAAGGAAGGACCAUUACCAGUCUCACCUUUAGGUCUGGAUUUUUCCAGACCAUGGCAUAAUAGUUUUAUACAAGCAAGAAGUCAGAUCCUCACAAACUUGCACAUUCUUCAUCCUACUCUGAAAAUUUUACUGGAUAUUGGUUACACAACAUUUUCCAAAUUACUUAUAGUGGACUUGUCAAAUUUCAGUUUGAAAGGUCCAAUUGAUUGUGAAUCACUGAAGAAUGAUGUUUCUUUAAACUGUUCAAAAACAGAAGAGAAAUUACUGAACACAUGGUAUCCAAGAGUUAUCAAUCUCUUCACCAGAAAGGAGGCAUUAGAGGGUGUAAAGUCAGAUAAAGUUGAUUCUUUCUAUAACUGCGUGGCUACACUUAUGUCUAACCAGCUGAAAGAGCUAUUGAGAAGAACUGUUGAAGCUUAUGUGAAGCUCUUUGAUCCUGAAGACAAAAGAUGGCUGCCAUUGUUUAAGAUGGAAUUGACUUUUGAUGAUGAGAAAAUGGAGUUCUAUCCAAGCCUUCAAGAUCUGGAAGAAGCCAUUCUGUUUAUAGUGACCCGGAUAGGGCAGACUCUGCAGAAUGUUCAAACAGUACAUUCUUGGCUAGCUGGUGGGGCCACCACUGCAACUCUUGACACUGAACUUGCUGACCAUGUCAUAGCUUGGGCCUCAUCUACACUAAAGAGAGCAAUCCAGGCCAACUUGGAAGGUCCAAAAGAACAUUUUGAAAGAUAUGUUGAAAGGUAUGGUUGGCUUGUAGAUGGUACAGCAGACACACGAAUAGAGAGCUUUGAAGCAGAAGAACACAGUUUUGAUGAAUAUACUGCUUUUAUAGAUGAGUUCCUCAGCCUUGCUAAGGAAAUCAUGAGUUUGCCACUACUAGCUCAUUUCCCUAUGGUACGUUUGGACUGUGAUGAUUUGAAACAGGGUUUGACUGAUAAAGCAAAAAGCUUUGCCAAUAUACUAAUGGAGAGAAUAGUUGCUAAUCACAUAGCGGAAAAUGAAAAAAUAUGCAAGGAAUUUGAAACAAUGAAAGAGCGUGCAUUAAAAGUUCCUGAGACCACAGAAGAAAUGAUGGAAAUGAUAGCUUAUGUAGAAAAGGCAAAAACCGCAGGUAUUCAGGAACUGCUCAUAAAAAUCAAGGAAUGCCAAAGGCGAAUGAAUUACCUUUUAGAUGUUUUUAUAUUUGCUCCUGAAGAUCUGGCACUGAAUGCAACAGUCCUGCUGUGGCCUCAGAAGAUUAAUCCCAUCUUUGAUGAACAUGAUGAUCUGAUUGAACAAUCUAAACGUAAAGGUGAAAAUGAACUACUGGCCAAACGCGAGAAACUUAUUUUGGAACUAGAAAAGCAGACUCGCUGUAUGGAAGAGUUUACAGAAUUCUCAGAACUGGAUCGUAUGCAACAGUAUGUGACUGACAUGAGAGCGUUGCAGAAACGCAUACAGGAAGCAGAGGAAACAGUAACUUUUAUUAAUAAAGAAGAGACUCUCUUCAAGUGGGAGCUGACUGAGUAUCCUGUUCUCGAGAGUUUAAAAGUUAAUAUAGAUCCCUAUCAGAAACUUUUUGUUCUUAUACUGAAAUGGCAACGAGCAGAAAAACGAUGGAUGGAUGGUGCUUUCCUGGACCUGAAUGGGGAAAUCAUGGAGACUGAGGUAGAUGAGUUUUUUCGAGAAAUAUACAAGAUGUUGAAGGUUUUUCAACAAAAGCAGAAGAAAGCAGAGCUGGAAAAGAAGAAGACACUGCAUCGCAGAGCCAUAGUAGAAGAGAAGCUGGAAGAAGAAAAGAAGGACAAUCCAACUAUUAUAAUGUGUUCAUCAGUAAUGGAGCAGAUCAAAGUCUUUAAGGAGAAUAUCCCCACGGUGACUAUCCUUUGUAACCCAGGCAUAAGGACUCGCCACUGGCAACAGAUGUCAGAUAUAAUAGGAUAUGAUUUAACUCCAGACUCUGGAACUACCCUAAGAAAAGUUUUAAAGCAGAACCUAGCCCCUUACCUGGAGCAAUUUGAAACCAUAAGUGUAGGCGCAAGUAAGGAGUUUUCUUUAGAGAAAGCUAUGCACGCUAUGAUGGAAAUAUGGGAGUCUGUUUCCUUCCAUACAAGCAUUUAUCGUGAGACUGGAGUUCGUAUUCUGUCAGCAGUGGAUGAGAUUCAGACUAUUCUAGAUGAUCAGAUUGUAAAAACUCAAACAAUGAGAGGAUCACCUUUCAUUAAACCUUUUGAAAAAGAAAUCAAGGAAUGGGAAGACCGUCUCAUUCGAAUUCAGGAGACUAUUGAUGAAUGGUUGAAAGUGCAAGCUCAGUGGCUUUACUUGGAGCCCAUCUUUUCUUCUGAGGACAUCAUGCAACAGAUGCCAGAAGAGGGACGUCUCUUCCAGACUGUAGACAGAUACUGGAGGGACAUUAUGAAGUAUUGUGCCAAAGACCCUAAGGUUCUUGCUGCCACUUCAUUGACAGGUUUAUUGGAGAAACUUCAGGGGUGUAACGAACUUCUCGACAAAAUCAUGAAAGGGCUUAAUGCUUAUCUUGAAAAGAAGCGCCUGUUCUUUCCUCGUUUUUUCUUCUUGUCUAAUGAUGAAAUGUUGGAGAUUCUGUCAGAGACGAAAGAUCCUCUCAGAGUUCAGCCUCACUUGAAAAAGUGUUUUGAGGGCAUUGCUAAGCUGCAUUUCCUUCCUAACCUGGAUAUUCAGGCAAUGUAUAGCACUGAAGGUGAGCGAGUGGAACUGAUUUCAACCAUUUCUACUUCUGAAGCUCGAGGUGCUGUGGAAAAGUGGCUGAUCCAAGUGGAAGAUAUUAUGCUGAAGAGUAUACAUGAUGUUAUUGCUGAAUCAAGAUUGGCAUAUCCUGAAACUGAAAGAAAACAGUGGGUUCUAGAGUGGCCUGGACAGGUGGUGCUGUGUGUGUCUCAAAUGUUCUGGACGAGUGAGGUACAUGAAGCCAUUUGCAAUGGACCAAAGGGUUUACAGGAUUACUACAAUACUCUCCAACUUCAGCUUAAUGAUAUUGUAGAGUUGGUGAGAGGAAAAUUAUCUAAGCAGACACGAACUACACUAGGUGCUUUGGUUACUAUUGAUGUGCAUGCUAGAGAUGUCGUCAUGGAGAUGAUUGAAAGCGAUGUGAAAAAUGAGACAGACUUUCAGUGGCUUGCUCAACUGCGAUAUUAUUGGGAAUACGAGAAUGCUCGUGUCCGCAUCAUUAACUGCAAUGUAAAAUAUGCCUAUGAAUACCUUGGCAACUCACCUCGACUUGUCAUUACUCCCCUUACGGAUAGAUGUUACCGCACCUUGAUUGGAGCCUUUUAUCUAAACCUUGGUGGUGCUCCAGAGGGCCCAGCAGGGACAGGUAAAACAGAGACUACUAAAGACUUGGCUAAGGCUCUUGCUGUACAGUGUGUUGUCUUCAACUGUUCUGAUGGCCUUGAUUAUCUGGCAAUGGGGAAGUUUUUUAAGGGUUUGGCUUCUUCAGGUGCUUGGGCUUGUUUUGAUGAAUUUAAUCGAAUUGAGCUUGAAGUACUGUCUGUGGUGGCUCAGCAGAUCCUUUGCAUUCAGCGAGCCAUACAGAUGAAGAUGGAAACGUUUCUUUUUGAAGGAACUGAACUGAAGCUCAAUCCCAACUGUUUUGUAGCUAUUACCAUGAAUCCAGGUUAUGCAGGACGUUCUGAACUGCCAGACAACCUCAAGGUUCUUUUCCCCGGAACAGUAUGCUAUGAGGUUCCUAACUAUGCUCUGAUAGCAGAAUCUCUCUCUACCUCAUACGGAUUUGAAUGCCAAGCCAUAUCAGUGAAGAUCUGUAAUGACCUACAGACUUGUGCAGAGCAACUUUCCUCUCAGUUCCCUUAUGAUUAUGGUAUGCGUGCGCUGUUAGCUGUAUUAGUGGCUGCUGGCAACCUAAAACUGAAAUUCCCACAGGGAGAAUGAAGAUAUAUUUGGUAACUUCUUAGAUCAAUAAGGAUGUUAAUGAGCCUAAAUUUUUGUUCACAUGAUAUACCUCUGUUCAUGGGUAUUACUAGUGAUUUGUUUCCUGGUGUUAAGCUUCCUGAAGCAGACUACAAUGAUUUUCUGGUUUCCAAUGAAUGCUGUGUUAUAAAUAAUAUCCAGCUGUUAAAGUUUUUCAUUGAAAAAAUGAUCCAAACCUAUGAAAUGAUGAUUGUUAGACAUAGCUUUAUGCUUGUUGGAGAGCCUUUUUCUGGGAAGACCAAAGUUCUACAGUUGUUGGCGGAUACACUAACCCUUAUGAAUGAACGAGGAUAUGGGGAAGAAGAAAAAGUGAUUUUUAGAACUGUGAAUCCAAAAUCUAUUACCAUGGGUCAACUUUUUGGACAAUUUGAUAUGGUAUCUCAUGAGUGGACAGAUGGUAUUGUUGCCAAUACUUUCCGAGAAUUUGCUUUAGCUGAGACAUCUGAACGCAAAUGGGUUGUUUUUGAUGGUCCUAUUGAUACUCUGUGGAUAGAAAGUAUGAACACAGUACUGGAUGACAACAAAAAGACACAUGAUGUGAAUGGCGAAAGCACAGAAUUUGGCCCAAAGAGAAUAGAAUUUGGUUACUAUUUCAAAUUAUUGUUCUUUGUUGAUGAGUGGGAAAUCAUCCAGAUGUCUCCUCAGAUGAGUCUGAUCUUUGAAACAAUGGACCUUUCCCAGGCUUCACCAGCUACAGUCAGUCGUUGUGGCAUGAUCUUUGGAGCCAUACAGCUAGGCUGGAUGCCUCUUGUAACCUCUUUGAACAGCUUACCUGAACUGAGGCAAAAGGAACAGCAAGAUCUUCUGCAAGAACUUUUUAACUGGUUAAUACCACCAGCUUUAAGAUUUCGUAAACAACAGUGCAAGAAUACUCAGCGGAUGGCCAUGGCAGAUUUUGCCUAUGCAGCAGACGCAUCUGAUUUUGAGGAGGGAGUGGUUCCCACAAGCAACAGCAAUGCUGUAGUGUCUCUCAGUCGACUUUUUGAAAUACUUUGUCAAACUGUGCAACAGAAUCCUACCAACAAAAACAUCCGCACGUGGAUUAUGGCUUGCUUUCUCCAUGUUUGGUCCAUUGGUGGAACUUGUGACAGUGACAGCCAAGUCCUUUUUGAUAUCUUUAUGAGGGAUAUUCUAGCAGGAAAGUCUGAGGCUCAUCCAGUGCCAGCAGCUGUGGGUAAAUGGGACUGUCUCUUUGAUGAGAAAGGCUUGGUCUAUGACUAUAUGUAUGAGUUGAAAGGCAAAGGACGCUGGGUGCAUUGGAAUGAAGCCAUUAAAAGCAUUAAAUAUAGUGAUGAUAAAAAUGUUAAGAUUCAAGACCUCAUAGUCCCAACAAUGGAUACAGUCAGAUAUACAUAUUUGAUGGACUUAUGCAUUACCCAUGGAAAACCAUUGCUUUUUGUGGGACCAACAGGUACUGGGAAGUCUGCAUAUGUGAAGGAUAAGUUAAUGAACAACUUGGAAAAGGAAAGAUACUUUCCAUUCUUCAUUAAUUUUUCCGCACGGACCAGUGCCAAUCAGAUCCAGAACAUUAUUAUGGCGAGACUGGACAAAAGACGCAAAGGAGUAUUUGGCCCUCCUAUGGGAAAGAAGUGUGUCAUCUUUGUAGAUGAUAUGAACAUGCCUGCAUUGGAGAAAUAUGGAGCUCAGCCUCCUAUUGAACUUUUAAGACAGUUUUUUGACCAUGGAAUUUGGUAUGACUUAAAGGACACAAAUAAAAUUACACUGGUUGACGUACAGUUGAUAGCUGCUAUGGGACCUCCAGGAGGUGGGAGGAAUCCUGUUACAUCUCGUUUUCUGCGACACUUCAACAUUUGCACCAUUAACUCCUUUAGUGAUGAAACUAUGGUCCGUAUCUUCUCUACCAUAGUAGCUUUCUACCUUAGAAAUAAUGAAUUUACUCCUGAAUUCUUCACAAUUGGAAACCAAAUUGUCAGUGGCACUAUGGAGGUAUAUAAGAAAGCCAUGAAAAACCUGCUGCCAACACCAGCCAAAUCACAUUACACAUUCAACCUGCGUGACUUUUCACGUGUUGUCCAAGGCUGCUUACUCGUUAAAAAAGACUCAGUUGAAAGCAAGCAUACGAUGAUUCGUCUGUUUGUGCAUGAAGUAUUUCGAGUAUUUUAUGACCGCCUUGUGGAUGACACUGAUAGAGCCUGGUUGUUCGGAAUAAUGAGAGACAUAGUGAAAGACCAUUUCAAAGAAGCAUUUGACAUUGUUUUUGCACAUCUAAGGCAAGGGAACGCACCUGUAACUGAAGAAGACAUGAGAAGUUUGGUAUUUGGUGAUUACAUGAACCCUGACCUUGAAGGAGAUGAAAGACUUUAUAUUGAAAUUCCAAGUGUUCAACAGUUCAGUGAUGUUGUGGAGCAGUGCUUGGAAGAAUAUAACCAAACUCACAAAACAAGAAUGAACCUUGUAAUUUUCAGGUAUGUGUUGGAACAUUUGUCUCGGAUAAGUCGUAUUCUGAAGCAGUCAGGUGGCAACGCCUUACUGGUUGGAAUGGGAGGGAGUGGACGUCAGUCUUUGACCCGUCUGGCUACAGCCAUGGCAAAAAUGUAUGUUUUUCAGCCAGAGAUCUCUAAGAGCUAUGGUAUGAAUGAGUGGAGAGAAGAUCUUAAGAACCUUCUGAAGAGUGCAGGCAUGAAGGGCUUGAAAACUGUGUUUAUAAUCACAGACACGCAGAUAAAAGAAGAAGCUUUCUUGGAAGAUAUUGACAGUGUUCUCAAUACUGGAGAAGUACCCAAUCUUUUUGCAGCAGAUGAAAAACAAGACAUUAUGGAGGGUGUUCGUGCAAUAGCUCAAGCUGGCAGUAAACAUGAUGAACUCAGUCCCCUGGCCUUGUUUGCCUACUUUGUGAACCGCUGCAAAGAAAAUCUCCACGUUGUGGUAGCGUUCAGUCCAAUUGGAGAUGCUUUCCGCAAUCGUCUGAGACAAUUCCCUUCUCUCAUCAAUUGUUGUACUAUUGACUGGUUCCAGCCAUGGCCUGAAGAUGCCCUUGAACGUGUGGCUAAUAAAUUCUUAGAAACACUUCAGCUCACAGACAACGAACGGCAAGAAGUGGUGCCCAUCUGUAAACACUUCCAUACUUCUGUUUUGUCACUCUCUGAAAAAUUCUUGGAAACCCUGAGACGACAUAAUUAUGUAACUCCUGCUUCAUAUCUUGAACUUAUUGCUGCCUUCCAGCAACUUUUAACUCAAAAACGGGAUACUGUGAUGAAAGCCAAAAAGGGCUAUACUAAUGGACUGGAUAAACUAGAUUUUGCUGAAUCUCAGGUUGGUGAAAUGAAGCAAGAACUAGUUGAUCUGCAACCCAAACUGGAGGCGGCUAAAGUGGAUAAUGCAAAUAUGAUGAAGAUUAUAGAGAAGGAGUCUGCAGAAGUGGAAGCAAAAAGUAAAACUGUGAAAAUAGAUGAAGAGAUUGCUACGGAAAAAGCAGCAGAAGCCCAGGAACUGAAGAAUGAGUGUGAGAGUGACCUGGCAGAGGCAAUUCCAGCACUAGAGGCAGCACUUUCUGCACUUGACACACUUAAGCCUGCUGAUAUAACAAUUGUGAAAUCAAUGAAGAAUCCUCCAUCUGGUGUCAAACUAGUUAUGGCUGCCAUCUGUGUUAUGAAAGAUAUAAAACCUGAAAGAAUUACAGAUCCUACAGGCAUUGGAGGCAAGGUUUUGGAUUACUGGGGGCCUAGCAAGAAAGUUCUAGGUGACAUGAAUUUCUUAAAGGAUCUUAGAGAAUAUGACAAAGAUAACAUUCCAGUGACUGUCAUGCAGAAGAUUCGUUCUGAAUAUCUGACUAAUCCUGAGUUUGAUCCACCUAAGGUGGCUAAAGCAUCCUCCGCAGCUGAGGGUUUGUGUAAAUGGAUUAUGGCUAUGGAAGUGUAUGACAGAGUUGCUAAGGUGGUUGCUCCCAAGAAAGCUCGUCUAGGCGAGGCCCAGCAGUCCUUAGCAGAAACUAUGGCAUUACUGAAUCAGAAGAGAACUGAACUUGCAGCAGUGGAGAAUCAUUUGGAAAAAUUGCAACAAACCUUUGCUGAGAAAACUGAAGAAAAGGCUCGUCUAGAAUUCCAGGUGGAUCUGUGUGCUAAGAAACUAGAAAGAGCAGAGAAGCUGAUUGGAGGACUGGGUGGAGAAAAAUCAAGAUGGUGUAAUGCUGCAAAUGAUCUUCAAAAUACAUAUGAUAAUUUGACAGGAGAUGUUCUGAUAUCAGCUGGAGUGAUAGCUUAUCUGGGUGCUUUCACUAGUGCCUUUCGACAAGCGUGUACUAAAGGCUGGAGCAAGUUGUGCAAGGACAAAAAUAUCCCUUGUUCUGAGAACUUCUCCUUGAGUAAGACCCUUGGUGACCCAAUAAAAAUCAGAGCCUGGAAUAUUGCAGGAUUACCAACAGACAACUUUUCAGUUGAUAAUGGUGUGAUUGUUGACAACUCCAGGCGUUGGCCAUUAAUGAUUGAUCCCCAGGGUCAAGCCAAUAAAUGGAUAAAGAACUCAGAGAAAGAAAACCAGUUGAGUGUUAUCAAGUUCACUGAUACAGACUACAUGAGAACUUUGGAGAACUGCAUUCAGUUUGGGACUCCACUUCUGCUAGAAAAUGUUGGGGAAGAACUAGACCCAUCAUUGGAACCCCUGCUGCUUAGACAAACCUUUAAACAAGGGGGCAUGGACUGCAUCCGGCUUGGUGAGACAAUUAUUGAGUAUUCCAGUGAUUUCAAAUUUUUUAUUACAACAAAACUAAGAAAUCCACAUUAUAUGCCUGAACUGGCUACAAAAGUUUCUUUACUCAACUUUAUGAUAACACCAGAGGGACUUGAAGACCAGCUACUAGGUAUUGUUGUUGCAAAAGAGAGACCAGAAUUAGAAGAAGAGAGGAAUGCUCUCAUCCUUCAGUCUGCAGCCAAUAAAAAACAACUAAAGGAAAUUGAGAAGAGAAUUUUAGAAACCUUACAGUCUUCUGAGGGGAACAUUCUGGAAGAUGAAAGUGCUAUCAUGAUCUUGGACUCUGCUAAAAUAAUGUCUAAUGAGAUCACCAAGAAACAACAGGUUGCUGAGAAAACAGAAAUAAAAAUAGCAGAAUCUCGAGAAGGCUAUAGACCAAUUGCAAAGCAUUCAUCGGUGCUCUUCUUUAGUAUUGCAGACCUAGCUAACAUCGACCCCAUGUACCAGUACUCUCUCAGUUGGUUUGUUAAUCUCUAUAUCAACUCUAUUCAUGACAGUAACAAAUCCAAAAUUUUGGAGAAGCGUCUUCGAUACCUAAAUGACCACUUCACAUACAACUUAUAUUGCAAUGUAUGUCGCUCAUUGUUUGAGAAGGAUAAGCUGCUGUUUUCCUUUUUACUUUGCUGCAAUCUUCUCAUGGAUAGGAAAGGGAUAGAACAUCAGGAAUUUAUGUUCCUGUUAACUGGAGGAGUGGGUCUCAAGAACAAGUACAAGAAUCCAGAUCCAUCUUGGCUACAAGAUAAGAGCUGGGAUGAACUAUGUCGUGCAAGUGAUUUCUCAGCUUUUAGAGGACUGAGGAGUCAUAUUUCUGAAAAUGCAAGUGAGUGGCGUAAAAUCUAUGAUAGCAAAGAGCCACACAAUGUUCCUUUACCAAAACCAUGGGAUAAAACAUUGAAUGAACUACAAAAGAUGAUCAUUCUUCGGUGCCUAAGAUCAGACAAGAUUAGUCCAGCAAUAACAAUCUUUGUAACUGACAAACUGGGGAAGAAGUUUGUAGAGCCGCCACCAUUUGAUCUAACAAAAAGUUACUUAGAUUCAAAUUCAACAAUCCCACUAAUCUUUGUGCUGUCUCCAGGAGCUGAUCCCAUGUCUAAUCUCUUGAAAUUUGCAAAUGACAAAAACGUGGUUGGAAAUAAGUUUCAAGCCAUCUCGCUGGGACAGGGACAAGGACCUAUAGCUACAAAAAUGAUUAGAGAAGGAAUGGAAGAAGGGACCUGGGUUUGUUUACAGAAUUGUCAUCUUGCUGUCUCCUGGAUGCCGAUGCUAGAGAAAAUCUGUGAAGAAUUUAAUAGUGACACCUGCCAUCCAUUCUUCAGACUUUGGCUUACCAGUUAUCCAUCACCCAAGUUUCCUGUAACCAUUCUGCAGAAUGGAGUAAAGAUGACAAAUGAAUCACCUACAGGUCUCCGGUUAAAUCUACUUCAGUCUUAUCUCUCAGAUCCUGUUUCUGAUCCCGUCUUCUUCUCUGGGUGCCCUGGAAAGGAGCAAACAUGGGAAAAACUGCUCUUUGGAGUUUGCUUUUUUCAUGCUCUUGUUCAGGAGAGAAAGAAGUUUGGCCCUCUUGGUUGGAAUAUCCCAUAUGGAUUUAAUGAAUCAGACUUGCGAAUCAGUAUCAGACAAUUGCAGUUGUUCAUAAAUGAAUAUGACCAUGUUCCGUUUGAAGCUAUAUCUUACCUUACGGGUGAAUGUAACUAUGGAGGACGAGUGACAGAUGAUUGGGACAGACGUUUAUUAAUGACUAUGCUGGAUGAUUUUUAUAAUCCAGAUAUAAUUGAAAACCCACGGUUCACCUUUUCUCCCAGUGGCAACUACUAUGCACCACCAAAAGGCACCUAUGAGGACUACAUUGAAUUUAUUAAGAAUCUUCCAUUUAGUCAACAGCCAGAGGUGUUUGGGUUGCAUGAAAAUGUGGAUAUUUCAAAGGAUCUCCAGCAAACAAAAGUCCUCUUUGAAUCUCUGAUACUAACACAAGGAGGAGGCACACAGCGAGGCUCCUCAGGAGGCGGUGACAGCACUCUGUAUGAAAUUGCUGAUGAUAUUCUCAUUAAGCUUCCAAAUGAUUUUGACAUUGAAACUUCUCUACAUAAGUAUCCUGUGAGAUAUGAAGAAAGUAUGAACACCGUGUUGGUGCAAGAAAUGGAGAGGUUUAACAAUUUACUCCGAACUAUACGUAUUACCUUAAUAAAUCUGAAAAAGGCCAUUAAAGGACUGGUCGUUAUGGAUUCUGAGCUGGAGGCCCUGAGUGGCAGUCUGCUUGUUGGAAAAGUUGCAGAGAACUGGGCUAACCGUUCAUACCCGAGUCUUAAACCGUUGGGGAGCUAUAUCCUAGAUUUUCUAGCGAGGCUGAAAUUCUUGCAGGACUGGUAUGAGUUAGGAAAGCCCAGUGUUUUUUGGCUAUCAGGAUUCUAUUUUACUCAAGCCUUUUUAACUGGAGCCAUGCAGAACUAUGCCAGGAAGUACACCAUUCCCAUUGACCUGCUGGGAUAUGAAUUUCAGGUUAUUCCUAAGGAUACAUCUGAUAGUGCACCAGAAGAUGGUGUUUAUAUCCAUGGAUUAUUUUUAGAUGGAGCUCGCUGGGACAGGACCAAUGGAAUAUUAGCUGAACAGCAUCCCAAGUUGCUCUUUGACCUGAUGCCAAUCAUUUGGAUAAAACCAACUAAAAAAUCAGACAUAAAGAAAUCUACUGCCUAUAUUUGUCCACUCUACAAGACAAGUGAGCGUAAGGGAACCUUAUCCACUACUGGACAUUCUACUAAUUUCGUCAUUGCGCUAUUGCUAGAGACUGAUAAACCAGUCCAGCACUGGAUCAAGCGAGGUGUUGCUCUGCUCUGCCAGCUGGAUGACUAACCCUGAAGAAUUCAGAGGCAAACCUCAUUAGAUAUAUCUUUCUUUUCCUUCCUUUUACUGAAGAAUUGACGCACACUGUAUCAGAGAAACAUCUUGAUAUAUUUAUAUUUGGAUGGAUAAGGCAAAAAAAAUUUCUGAUCUUGAUAUAUUGCAUUUAAUAAUUGUAUGAUGUUAUUACUAUUUUUAAAAUAUAUAAUGAUCUGGAGUGUUCAUUUUAUUAUUUUGUAAUAUAGUGUCAUGAGUAAGUAUACAGAUCUCUUUUGUCACCUAUUAAAAUAUCAUAAAUGAUAUCUUGAUGAAAAAAAUGAAAAUUGUCUGAACUCCCAUAUGGGAAGCAUUAUAAUAGACAGCAUUCAAGCACUGUAGGCCUGAACCAUGAGAGUGCAAAGUCUGGAUGUUCAGAUCUGGGGUUUUGGUCUGGACUUAUCUCUAAUUUAUGUGCUGUCACAUAGGUGGUGGUCGGAGAAAUUGUUUACCUAUGUGAUAAAACUGAAUUUAAGAUGCACCUUUGUCUGCCUCACUUGCAUACUUCCUAGCAAUCCAUCGUUACUUCUACUGCUUCUAAUAUUCUAAACUCCUCAGCUCCUUUUGUAUAGUUUCCAUGAAAAAUAAACAGCCCAAACAAACAAAACCCCCACAACUUGCCAUAGAAAUGUUAUCUCCUUUUGCAUCCUGCUUAAAAACACAGUUGUUAUAUCACGUAAAGUCCAAAUUCACCACACACACCUCUUCCUAGGAUUAGGCUUUAUUAAAAAGAAAACUAUAGUAAGAUAAAGAUCACCUCAAAUCUUCUUUUCAGCGUGGCUAUUUCUAGAGCUCUUUUCUCAGGACUCCUAGAGCCUCUCUCCCAAAGAGCCAUUCCCACCUCUCCUUAUAACCAGGAAGGGGAAGGAUUCCACAGAAUAGACCUUUUCUCUGUAGUGGUUUCAACUGUAAUAUGCCAUCUGGAGGGGAGUUGAGACACCAGCCACCUUUCCUCCCUCAGCAGGCGUGAAUUUGGACCUCAGAAAUUAGUGUCCCCAUAUCUGCUUAUUGUGCAGAAUCAAGCAGAGGGGAAAAAUGGAACAUGAAAAAUUCAGUUCAAGUGGUUAAAACAGUUUCAAUUGAUACAUUUUCCAUUUAAUGUUAAAAUUUCCCUUGUAUGAGUCUAAAAACUCCACAAAGCUUUUUAACCCUUAGGAAACUGACAAGUUCCUAAGAGUUGAACAUCUGAGUACUGGCUAAUUUCUGGCCCUCGAGGUGCACUGUGCUUGGGAGGAAAAAGUACUUUAGGUUGUUGCAAUGUGGCUCAGCUUAAGUCUCAUGAAAUGAGGAAGUCCAACCCUACCCUAACUUUGCUCCCACCCAAGCUCCCAUGUCCCACCGUUCCCUGAUGCCUGUGUGUUGGGGCUAGAGAAAUAUCAGAUACAGGCUGUUCUCCUCCCCUUAUAAACAUACUCAGUCUUUUUCUCUCAUGCACGCGCACGCACGCGCGCGCACACACACACACACACACAGAGUAUGUGCUUUUCUUUAUCUGAAUGUGAAAAUUGUAAUCACAUAUUGACAUGUGAGCAACUUCUGUUACAGUAUUGUCUUUUUAAAAACAAACUUCCUUUUGUUUAUAUAUUAUUUUAUUUCUUUGUUUAUGUUUAAGUAUAUUGUUUUAUGUAAAGCCAGAGUUUGAUCUGCUCUCUCACAUUUCCUUUAGGCAAGCUCCUGUCCUUUAAAUGUACUCUAUGUUGAUAAAGCAUGUGAAAGCAUCAAGGAUUUUUCUUUAAAUCAGAUGUAGACAAUGAACGUAUUACUUCCCUUAAACAUCAAUUUUCAUUAAAACAGUUACAUCUGGAAUAUUUUACAUCAA